AUGGAAGAAAAGGGAAACUUUUCUGAUGGACUACCUGAGGUGAAUAGCUCAGAUCAUGGGAUGAAAGAUGGAGGGGGUUCAGAUGACCCUAAAACGAGUGGAAGCAGCUCAAGCAACAGCAUGGCUGAGGAGAGUACUGGGAAAAAGUUGAGCUCAAGUGCUACUGGGGUUAGACAGUAUGUACGAUCUAAGAUGCCACGGUUAAGGUGGACUCCGGAUCUUCAUCGUUGCUUUGUUCAAGCUGUUGAGAAAUUAGGUGGCCAGGAAAGAGCAACACCUAAACUUGUUUUGCAGCUUAUGAAUGUCAAGGGCCUUAGUAUUGCUCAUGUCAAGAGCCACUUACAGAUGUAUAGGAGUAAGAAUAUUGAUGACCACGGUCAAGUAAUCAAUGAAAGAGGGUUUCCCUUUCGUAGCAUGGAUCAUUUUCUUCGAAACGGUUGGCAAUUUGCUACACUUGAUCGCGGGAUUCGGUCCAGCUUCAGCUACAGCUACAGUGAUGACAAUUGGACCAGCAAUAUGACUUGGAGAGCUAUGCCUGGUACAGUUGAUGAUACAAAUAUCAAAAGAGGAACUGUCUUCCACAAUACAUCGUUGGGAAGGAUCUAUGGGGGUAUUGGUGCAAACGCGAUCAAUGGUUCUCUAUUUGGUACACAAGAAAGGAGGAAAUCUUACAAUUAUAUGGAAGAUUUUACAUGGUUACCCGACACCAAAAUCAAUCACAAAGGUAUCUGGCCAUCCCGUGGAGAAACCAAUUCCGAGUUGACACAAAUUUAUAAAGAAAAAAGAGUUGAGAGCAUCGUAAAUGCUGCAAGCCCAGAAACAAAGUGCAGUGGUACAAAGACUGAAAAGGCAAACACAGCAAAGAGAAAAGCUCCGGAUAAUGGCGUUGACCUCAAUCUGUCUUUGAGCAUGAACCUGAGACAAGGGGAAAGCAAAAGAACACAUAAUUGGGAUGAGGAAGAAAAGGACAGCACUUUGUCUCUUUCUUUGUUUUCUGCUUCGAACGCAGAAAAAUGUUCCAUCGAUUUGAACAUGAGCUCCACAUUUAACAGGUUGAAUGAAGAUACUCAUAAGUUUAAGAAUCCAAUGUUGGCAAGUACUCUAGAUCUGACUAUAUGA